GCAAUAAUUUUCAUUUUGUUUUUCAGAUAGAUCCUGCUCCUGCAUAUUUCUGAUCUUAACCAAUACUUCUGAAAUCUUCCUAUAAAUUUAUUCUUCUAAAAAUAAUUAAUGAAUUGGAAGUGCGAAAUGUCUCAGAUUCAGGUUCAUUCCUCAUCUUCCAGUCUGUCGCAACCUCUUAUGGGUAAUACUGUUGGCCAGGGUAUUCCUACCGGCCUUGGUCCUUUGGCAUCAGAAAAUGCAAGUAGACCCAUUCAAAGCUCAGCUUUAUCCUCUGCAUCUGCCACUUCCAACACCGCAGCUGCAGUUCCUUCAAACAUGGCAAACCCCAAAGAGAAAACCCCUAUGUGUCUUGUGAAUGAGUUAGCCCGUUUCAACAAGAUUCAACCAGAGUACAAACUUUUAAAUGAACUUGGUCCAGCUCAUGCUAAGGAACUUGAAGCUCUUGACCAUCACCACUUCGGCACCAUUGAUACUGACUGGGGCGUGUACUCCACACCGCUUCCUGAAGUCGAUGACCGGCUCCUUCGUUAUGCUGACAUUGAGGGAGAGGUUUUUACAGUGCAGCUGACUCUUGGUGACCAGCAAUGGGAAGCUGAAGGAAGCAGCAUUAAAAAGGCUCAGCAUUCAGCAGCCGCAAAGGCCUUGGUGGAAACCAGUCUCCCGAAACCACCGCCUCGUCCCCCACGUAAUGAUUCAAAAAAUCCUGACAGUGUUACUCCGACAGUAGAGCUGAACGCCUUGUGUAUGAAAAUGGGAAAGAAACCGACCUACAGACCAAUUGAUCCAUAUCCUGGAUUAAGGCCGAGCUACAACAUUCUGAGAAAUAAUGCUUUCCCUCAAAGAUACUUUUACCCUUUCCCUCCUGUCGGACCAGUCACUUACCAAGUUGAACUAGUAAUCGGAAACCAGCAGUUCCAGGGAAAAGGAAGAUCCAGGCAGGCUGCUAAACAUGAUGCAGCUGCCAAAGCACUCAAAGCUCUGCAAAAUGAAAUCCUGCCAUCCAAGUUACCAACUAUUAAUGGCAAAGAAAAUGAUGAUGAUGAUCUCAAUAAGUCUGAAAUAAGCCAAGUGUUUGAGAUUGCAUUGAAAAGAAAUAUGCCUGUGAACUUUGAAGUAAUAAAAGAAAGUGGUCCUCCUCACAUGAAAAGUUUUGUGACUAAAGUAAUGGUUGGAGAAUUCUCUGCAGAAGGAGAAGGGAAGAGUAAGAAAAUAUCCAAGAAAGCUGCUGCUGUAGCCGUUUUGGAAGAAUUGAAGAAACUGCCACAACUCCCUACAGUAGAGAAAGUGAAACCACGCAUAAAAAAGAAAACUAAAUCAAUAGUAAAGCUACAGACCAGUCCAGAGUAUGGGCAAGGAAUGAAUCCAAUCAGCCGUCUAGCUCAAAUUCAGCAAGCAAAAAAAGAAAAGGAGCCUGAAUAUACAUUAAUGGUAGAACGAGGCCUUCCUCGCCUCAGAGAGUUUGUUAUGCGGGUAAAAGUCGGCGGUCAAGUAUCAGAGGGAAUGGGCCCAAAUAAGAAGGUUGCUAAACGAAAUGCAGCUGAGAAAAUGCUGGAGCUUUUAGGUUUUAAAGUUCCUCAGACUCAGCCACCUAAACCAGCUCUGAAAACCGAUGAAAAGAAUUUCUCGUAUCCUUUUCAGCCAACUUUGAAAGAACCUGUCAAAGGAAGAAAAGUAACCUUUUUUGAACCCAAUUCCUCUAUGGAAGAUACAGCAGCAGGUAAAGAUGGGAGUAUGCGCCUGGAAGAUGAGUUUCGAAUGCCUUAUCCCAGCCACCAGCAACUGCCUGCUGGAAUCCUACCCAUGGUUCCUGAAGUAGCACAGGCUGUUGGAGUCAAUCAGGGGCAUCAUACCAAAGAUUUCAACAGGCCUGCGGUGAAUCCGGCAAUGGCCACAAUUACUGCAAUGAUUGCAAGAGAACUGCUGUAUGGUGGGACAUCCUUAACUGCUGAAACUGUAUUGAAAAAUAACCCUGCAGCCCGCAAGCCACAAAACACCCUAACCAGACCUUCAGAACAGUUGGACUUUCUAGCUAAUGUUCAAGCAUUGCAGGUUGAAUAUAAAGACUUUCCAAAAAACAACAAAAAUGAGUAUGUGUCAUUGAUAAAUUGUUCAUCCCAACCUCCUCUGAUCAGCCAUGGAAUUGGAAAAGAUGUUGAGUCUUGUCAUGACAUGGCUGCUCUUAAUAUCUUAAAAUUGUUGUCUGAGCUGGACCAACAAAAUGUAGAAAUAUCAAGAACAGGAAAUGGACCAAUUGCUGUAUGCGUGAAACAAGAAAUUGAUGGAGACACUCUCAUCAAACCGGCUAACUCAAACACUUUAGGACAAACACUGGAUGUCACUGACUGAAAGCCCUUUCUUUGACCCAAAGCAAGCACCAGAGAAAAUUGGAUGCUUCCUGUCCUGUGACAUUGUAACUUCCGGUUUAGACAACUACAGUUUAAAUCUUGCUGUAGUAUCUAAAUCAUUAAGUUGCUUAACUUUUUAAAAGUAUACAUUUCAACAUUAAUUCAAUUUUUUUUGAUGAAGGAAAUUUAUUCCUAAUUUUUCAUUGGAACUUUGAAUUUCUGUUGAUGCUUCUCCAAACGUACAUUACAUGACGAUUGAAAGGUUGCUUAACAAAAUUGGGGUCAUAUCCAACUUAUGUAGUUUAUUAUUUGGUAUGUGUUUGAAUUGGCCAUUAGAAACAAACUGUUUUGGUGUAACAAAACCUGGUGCUAGUUUAAAAAAAAAAAAGAGGAGUGCCUCCGUUUUCUUUGUUAUCCAAACGAGAGAAAAUGAAACUCCAAAUUUACUGAGUAGAUUAUGAGGACUGUUUCUUGUUAUUUCAUUUUUCAUUCAGUGGAAAAUGAUAUCAAGUUAAGUGUUCAGUCUUCUAGAUUAAGUUUGUUUUUUCUUAAUCUAAAAGAUUUUUUUUUUAUUUACUUUGAUAACACUGAAGGAAUUUUUGUUUUUAUAUUAAACUUUGUUCAACAAAAAAUAAUUUUCAAUAUUGAAAAAGAAUUACAUUGUUGGAUAUGAUCUUUUACCUGGCUGAUACCAGGACUUGCAGAUUACUGUACAUCUUGGUGCAGGGUAAAUUGUAAGAUGUUGUGUUGUACUUUAAUGCUUUGAUGUUCCAUGUGAUGUACACAAAGUGUGUACAGUAAACAUUUUGCUUAUUGUCCAAGUAAAGCACGAAACCGUCAAAAUUGUUACUUUACUUUUGGACUUAUUUCCCUCCCCAUGUACUGUACCUAUGGAAUGGAGAAGUAAAAAUUGGUGUUUGUGCAAAA